AUGUUGACAAAAGAUGUGGCGAUCAUCUUUGUUGUUGUCUUUGUAGUGGAGGCUGCAUUGAUCAUCCUUGGAAACGCCUUCACCAUCUUUGUUUUCUUAACUCCGACUCGGAAAUCGCAUAUAAGAAGAACUUGUUAUCUCUUGAUAAAUCUCGCCGUUGCUGACUUACUUGUGGGUAUUACAGAGCCCAUAAUUCUGGGGAUGGAAAAGUACCAUCAGAUGACGGCGACAACGUCAAAUCCGAGGGGAAUUAACGAAACAAACCCACUGAGGGGAAAAAGAGAAAAUGGUCUACCAGGAGCAAUGCAACUUUUUGCAUCAAGUGCAUCGGUGUUUUUUCUCGCUCUGAUUUCCCUCGAGCGCGCUUUUGCUGUGUUAAAACCGUUGCGUCAUCGUGUUGUUAGCACUCGCGUUUACAUCUACAGUAUUGUCGUUGUAUGGGCUGUAGGAAUUUUCAUAUUUGGUCUGAUGGCUCUUUCCUUUUAUUACCUAAAGCUGGCGAGGGAGACUGUUCAUGUUGUUGUACAUUUUUGCCUUUUCAUAUCUUUUGUGAUGAUUUGUGCGAGCUACCUCAAAAUACAAACACGAUUGAGCAGCACUGCACCCGAAGUAGCCGUUGUCAACCGCCGUCAAACUGCUGAGUAUAACGUACGACUUUCAAGGACUCUGUUCGUGGUGAUCGCUUUGUCGCUGCUGUUUUGGCUGCCAGCGUUUGCUGUUUACAUAGGUAGGCACAUCUGCAAGAGGUGUUUUCACCCAUACGUGAUGUGGACGGUCAAUGUUUUCCAUCUUGCCAAUUCUUUAGUUAAUCCCUUCGUGUAUAGCUUCAGGAUGCCUGUAUUCAAAGAAGCGUGGGAGAAAUUGUCAAGAAGACGAAGGCACGUUAUUGGAACAAGAAAUAUCGAGGCUACAAGUCUGGCUUUGAGUCCAUCUUCUACUUCGAGGAUGAAUCACACCGGUUUCUCGGCUGCCGCAACAUAUGGGGGUUCUCAGUUAAAUCUCUCUACGGAAAGUGGAGAUCAGCUUUUUACAGCGAGUUCACCGAAGCUUUCACCUGCAGUCAGCACUGCUCGCAUUGGUACAAAACAAACAAGU